AUGCUGGCGGUGGCUGAGCAGUACCUGGAGCAGAACAUGCAUCCGCUUAUCAUCAUUCAGGGGUACAGACAGGCCCUCGACCAUGCUCUGGAGGCCCUUAAAGACACCCUCAGGUACUUGGGGGGCUGUGGGAGGGCUGGGGGGGCACGGAGAGGAGCUACCCCCGCUGACCCCCUCGAACCCCCACAGAUCCCGGGAGGAGCCAUUGAAGAGAGCUGUGUGCUGGACGGGAUCAUGAUAAACAAGGAUGUGUUGCAUGCAAAGAUGAGCAGGAAAGUAGACAAUCCUCGUAUCAUUCUCCUUGACUGCCCGCUGGAGUACAAGAAGGGCGAGAGCCAGACUUCGGUGGAAAUGACUGCUGAGACGGACUUUACGAGGCUCCUACAAAUCGAGGAGGAGCACGUCAAGGAACUCUGCGCUGACAUCCUGGCCCUGCGACCCGACGUGGUCAUCACAGAGAAAGGCGUAAGUGACCUGGCCCAGCACUACCUGGUAAAAGCUGGCGUGACCUGCCUCCGUCGCGUCAAGAAGAGCGACAACAACAGGUUGGCAAGGGCUUGUGGGGCAACCAUCUGUAAUCACACUGAGGAGCUGAAGGAGUCCGAUGUUGGCACGCAGGCUGGUCUCUUUGAAGUUAAGAAGCCUCUCCCAGUGUAUCCCAGCCUCUCCCAGUGCAUCCCAGCCUCUCCCAUUCCACCCCAGCCUCCCCCAGUGCAUCCCAGCCUUUCUCAGUCCACUCCAGCCUCUCCCAGUGCAUCCCAGCCUCUCCCAGUGCAUCCCAGCCUCUCCCAGUGCAUCCCAGCCUCUCUCAGUCCACUUCAGCCUUUCCCAGUGCAUCCCAGCCUCUCCCAGUGCAUCCCAGCCUCUCCCAGUGCAUCCCAGCCUCUCCCAGUGCAUCCCAGCCUCUCCCAGUGCAUCCCAGCCUCUCCCAGUCCACCCCAGCCUCUCCCAGUCCACCCCAGCCUCUCCCAGUCCACCCCAGCCUCUCCAAGUGCUUCCCAGCCUAUCCCAGUCCACCCCAGCCUCUCCCAGUCCACCCCAGCCUCUCUCAGUCCACUCCAGCCUCUCCCAGUGCAUCCCAGCCUCGUCCAGUGCAUCCCAGCCUCUCCCAGUGCAUCCCAGCCUCUCCCAGUGCAUCCCAACCUCUCCCAGUGCAUCCCAGCCUCUCUCAGUCCACUCCAGCCUCUCCCAGUGCAUCACAGCCUCUUCCAGUGCAUCCCAGCCUCUCCCAGUGCAUCCCAGCCUCUCCCAGUGCAUCUGAAACAUUUAUUCCCUGUAAAAACACUUUGUAAAUUAUUGUAAAUUAUUAUUAUAGAAACAGCUUUAAAAUAGCCUAAAUUUUAAAUAAAUUAAGUAAAACA